AUGAAUCCCAAUAGCAUACCUGGGCAUGUCCUCUUGCUGCUAAGUACCAUGCUGGGCCUGAGCGCAGGCCUGGAGUUUACUGGCUCUGAAGGUCAGUGGGCUCGCUACCUGCGCUGGGACGCCAGCUCCAGAAGUGUGACAUUUCAGUUCAAGACUUCAGAAUCAGAAGGCCUGCUGCUCUACUUCGACGAUGGCGGAUAUUGUGACUUUCUUCUCCUGACUGUAUCUGAGGGUAAACUGCAGCUUCGUAUCAGCAUCGACUGCGCAGAGACCGCCAUCACCUCCAGCAAGAUGGUCAACGACAGCCGCUGGCACUUUGCCGCCAUCAACAGGCACAAUUUGCGGACUGGCUUGGCUGUGGACGGUCAGACCAAGACAGAGGAGGUGCGGCCCCAGAGGCAGUUCAUGAAGAUAGUCAGUGACCUCUUCCUUGGAGGACUCCCUGGGGAUAUCCGCCCAUCGGCCAUCACCCUGCCCUCUGCUCGUGAGCUGCGGCCUUUCAAAGGAAUUAUCACAGACCUCAGUUAUGGAAGUAAGCUACCCACGCUCAUCAAUAGUCAGAAAGUACGCUUGGAAAUGAUGGGCCUAUGCACGGACAACCCCUGUGAGAACGGUGGGAUCUGCUCGCUGGCAGAUGGAGAAACCUACUGUGACUGCUCCAAAACUGGAUAUGUAGGUCGAUACUGCACUGAAGGCCUCGCACACCUGAAGGCAGAGCAAGGUUUCUGUGUAUUACUAAUUGUGUACCGCUCUCAGUUCCACGGCUACAUGCAGUGA